ACACAAAUGGGCUACUUGGCAGCCCAUCCCAAAGAUGAGAGCUUCCUGUCAGUUUGUCCUAUUAUUCCAGUGCAGGAAGGAGACAUGUCGGGUGUCUUUGCUGGGAUGAUUCGGUACUCAGAAAACUUUCACGCUACAUAUGGUGUUCCUGGUCCAGGGGAUAAACUCUGGCUGGAUUACCCGCAGGUUACUGGAACAUUAAACCUCAUGAGAGUAACGUCACCUAAUGGGGUUGCUAACGUGUCUCUCCGGUCGGAGCUUCUCGAAGAGGAAGGAAAACAUGAGUCGCGAAUGACAUGGAGGGUGUCAGUGCGGGCUGUGAGAGCGAUUAUCACAUUCGAAGAACUCAUUCGCGCUGCUCCUCAGAAGGAACAGUAUCUUUCGCACCAGUCACCGGCUCUAUAA